AAGGUUGUAAUAAGAAUUCGGCUCCACCGAUGAACAGCUGUCCAAUCGCUAAUCAAACAAAUGACCAGGAUCACAGACUUGUAGAAAGUCAGACACCGGAAGAAAUGUAUACCCUAUUAAUCUGUGGUCUGAUAAUAGUGGUGGUAAUGCUGUGUCUCUACAGCAUUAUUCUUACAGCAGUCUUCAUCAGAUUGAGGGCCACAAAGCCUGAGUCCUCUGACACACUGACCUACGUCCCAAUGCAGAGGAAGGUAAACCGGCGUGAUCUAGACAACACCGAAUAUGUGGACAUGCGUGAAGUGCAGAAACGGGGAGGAUCCCACAGAGAUAUGAACCACAACUCUCAUUUUGCUAAUGCCUGAGCUCAUUUCUAGUGGCAUAAGUGAUCACGGGAUAAAACUGUUAUCUCUCUACCAAAAAAACAGCCUUUCCUAAAUGCCUGAAUCUGCAUAUUGUGUCUGCACCUCAUGCAGUAUGCAGUCUUGAUGUUCUCUGUGUCAUAUGGCUUCAUCUGGUGGCUUGUAUAACCUAAUGCUUAGUUGUAGCUAUGCCAAGCUAAAUGUAUAUAAGGGUCUUGCUUGGGCAUUUUUUAAUUUUAAAUUAAUCAUUUUGUUCCCAUGGACCAGUAAUCAAUGAUAAUAUGAGUUUUGUUCAGUGCUGCCCUCCCCCCAAAUAUUAUUAUUAUUUUUUUUUACAAUAAAUAGAUAAAACAGAGACUAUAUUGAAUGAUUAUUUAAAUUUGCUGAUUAUAUGGUGAAAUAAAGAAAAACACAGUAAGAUAUCAAUAUGUGAUAU